AUGUCCCUCACACUGAAGCUCUCCUCCCUUGCCAUCCGCACGCUGUCAAAGCCGAUAGCCAACCAAAUAAAGGCCCAGGCCCGCGAACAUGACCGAUUUCGGCGAAUUUGCAUCUCUAUGGCCCAGGGCCUUCAUCAACUCGAUAUGCGCCUCCGGUUAGGCACAAUACGCGACAACCAUGCGGCAACACGACGAGCGGCUGCUGAAGCGGAACUACGAAAACACAAGCCCACAUCCCCGACCGCGAAGACUCAAGCUGAAACAAAGGCUGAGGAGGAGGCCAUUGCAAAAGCAAAGGCUGCGGCAUCCGAGGCCGAAAAACCAGCACCAAAACCUCACAUUCGGCCGCUGUCCGAAUCAAAGGCCAUUGAAUCCGGCGCAACAUUUAUCAGCGAAGGGUUCCUGUUUCUUGUGGCAGGCGGACUUAUACUGUUCGAGUCAUGGAGAUCUCGGAGGAAGGAGAAUACCCGGAGAGAUGAUGUUGCGGCUCGACUCAAUGAGCUUGAAGGGACGGUGGGAGUUUACAGGGAGGCAUUUGUAGCUCUCGAAAAACAGGGAGAUCUACCGCCACCGUCCCGUAAAAUCCUCCUGCGGAUGAUAGAGGAUGUGGAGCCGGAGCCAGCAGUAGAGCCUGAAGAACAGGGAUGGCUCUCGACAAUAACAUCAUAUCUUUCGUUUGGGGACAGCCAACAGCAGCCUGAGAAGCCGACUGAUGGAAACCAAGCCAAACCCCCUCCGGGCACUUCUCCUACACCCACAACAAAUGUUCCAGCCGACUCCAAUUCAACAGUAGUGUCCAAAAAUCCAUAA